CUCGACACAUUCGGAUUGCAUGAAUGCAACGCCAGUCAACUUUUUUUUUUCUUUGUCUUGGAUGAUGAUGAUGCAGUUUGGCUGGACUUGCAUUACGAUUGCCGUCGCAGCACUCGUCGUUGCCCCGACUGCGCGUGCGCUCACCUGCGAGGACGCCGCGCUGCGCAACCUUCCGUUCUGCAACCCGAAUCUCGCGUGGGAGCAGCGCGCUGACGAUCUCGUCGGUCGCCUCACUCUUCAGGAAAAGAUCAGCCAGUUUGGAACCACUGCGCCCGGCGUUGCGCGACUCGGGGUGAAUGCGUACGAGUGGUGGAGCGAGGCGCUGCAUGGCGUUGCUGAAUCACCAGGCGUGAACUUUACCGGCAACACGCCCGUUUCCACCUGCUUUCCUCAGAUUAUUGGCGUUGGCGCCACGUUCAAUUUGGACAGCGUCGCCGCAAUGGCGCAAGUCAUCUCCACCGAGGCCCGUGCGUUUGCCAACGCUGGACAUGCGGGCUUGACGUACUUUACCCCAAACAUUAACAUUUUCCGUGAUCCGCGCUGGGGUCGCGGGCAGGAAACGCCCGGCGAAGACCCGUACCUGACCUCGCGCUACGUGGAGACGCUGGUGCAGAAUCUCCAGAACGGCGAAGAUGCGCGCUACCUCAAGGUCGUCGCCACGUGCAAGCACUACACGGCGUACGACAUGGAGGACUGGGGAGGCAUUGAUCGCUUCCAUUUCAACGCCGUCGUGAGCGACCAGGAUUUGGUGGAGACGUUCAUGCCGCCGUUCGAGGCGUGCGUCCGGGUUGGAAAGGGGGCCAGUCUGAUGUGCAGCUACAAUGCGGUGAAUGGCAUUCCCAGCUGCGCCGACGACUUUAUCAACAAUGAGAUUGCUCGAGAGCAGUGGGGCUUUGACGGCUACAUUGUGUCGGAUUGCGGCGCGAUCGACUGCAUCCAGUACACGCACAACUACACCAACACGACGCAAGCUACCUGUGCUGCCGGCAUCCAAGGCGGUUGCGAUCUGGACUGUGGCGACUUUUACCAGUCGCAUCUGAUGGACGCGAUCGGCAACGCUACGCUGCACGAAGCCGACCUGGACUUUUCCCUGCGACGUCUCUUUGGCCACCGCAUCCGCCUGGGCGAGUUUGAUGCGGCCAGCAUCCAGCCCUACCGCCAGAUUCCAGUCUCGGCCAUCAACUCGCAGGAGCAUCAGGAGCUCGCCCUUCAAAUCGCGCGAGAGUCAAUCGUGCUGCUCGGCAACGACAACAACACCCUGCCUUUCAGCUUGGCCACCGUUCGCAAGCUCGCCAUCAUUGGACCGAACGCCGACGAUGCCGAGACGCUGCUGGGAAACUACUAUGGCGAUGCGCCGUAUCUCAUCACUCCGCUCAAGGGCUUUCAGCAGCUCGAUCCGACCCUGUCCAUCACGUUCGUCAAGGGCUGCGACGUCAAUUCGACCGACACGUCUGGCUUUGUGGCGGCUGCGGCAGCGGCAAAGGCGGCCGACGCCACCAUUGUUGUGGUCGGCCUCAACCAAACGGUCGAGUCGGAAAAUCUCGAUCGCACAACGCUCGUCCUCCCAGGCGUCCAGGCCGAGCUCAUCCUGGCCCUGACUGCGGCCGCGCGGGGACCGGUUAUUCUUGUCGUCAUGUCCGGCAGUCCCAUCGACCUCAGCAACGUCAUUCAUCCGGUUCGGGCCGCCCUCUGGAUUGGCUACCCUGGCCAAGCUGGCGGCCGGGCGCUGGCCGAGGCGGUGUUUGGCGUCUUCUCCCCUGCCGGUCGCCUGCCCUUCACCGUCUACCCCGCAGACUACGUCAACCAGUUGCCAAUGACCAACAUGGACAUGCGCGCGGGUCCGGGCCGAACCUAUCGCUUUUACACGGGCACCCCUCUGUUUGAGUUUGGCCACGGUUUGAGCUACAGCACGUUCCAGUACACGUGGUCCAACAGCAGCAGCAGCAGCAGCAGCAGCGCCACGAGCCAACACUCGCUGUCGACGGCUGCUCUGGCUGCGCAACACCUCGCGGCGCGUGCGCCUGUCGAAGCCGUGUCCUUCCGUGUGCUUGUGCAAAACACUGGCAAGAUGGCUUCGGAUGAUGUCGUGCUGGCCUUUGCGUCAUUCAACGCCUCGUCCAUCAUCGACCAGAGCUCGAGCCAGUUCGCCUCACCUCCCAUUCGAUCGCUCGUCGGCUUCCGACGCAUUCAUCUUGCCCCAGGCGCCUCGCAGGAGAUCUUUUUCGCAGUGACCUCCAGCCAACUCGCCCAGGUCGACUCCACUGGAGCGCAGACUCUUGUUCCUUCCCGGCUUCAAGUGGCGUUCGGAUCGGAUGCGCGUCUGGUGGCAGAGAUUCAGCUGGUUGGAGAGCCGGUUUCCCUCUCUGCUCCGCUUCGCCGCUAAUCGACCGCGGUCUUUCUCCACCCGUUUUGUUUUGAGAUCUUUGCAGCUUGUGUGCUUGCAUUCAUGCACCUGUCGUGUCUCGUGUACUUGCUCAGUCCCCCAAAAUUGUUACCAAUCAUGUUUCACCAUUUCACUGCAAUUUCCCCUUGCUCUCGGGUUGGUCGCGCAUUCGGCUCCAUCAUCACACGAUCGCGCAUCCAUACAUG